AACUAGCUUACCAUGUAGUAGUGACAAUAAAACCCACGUAAGUAACACAGAAUAGGAAGUACAUUGUGAUAAAAAAGGGAGGUACAUACUAUCAAUGUCAAAGGAAGAAGUUCUUACUUCUGGUGGAAGUUCCAUGUGAUCUGUGGCUGGAGGAGAAUUGGUUGUUGAGAGGUGGCCAUGAAGUGAAGGGGCAUUUUAGUAGAAGGAAUUGUGUAAACAAAGGCAUAGAAAAUGGAGAUCUAGAAGCAGGAAAGGGAAGGAUGAAUGAGCACUAGCUGGACUAAGCUCUGGGAAGGAAAACAGAAGAGGUAAAACAGGAAUAACACAGACUAACAGAUUGAUGGAAAAACUGAUCAUGUGUGUGAAGGAGAAGAGGGUCAACAGAAAUUGCUUUUCCACAGAUUUUUAUAAAUGUGCAAGAUUUCAUAUUGCAAUGCUUCCUCUCGGUAAAUAGGACUUUGUUGGCUUAGAGGGAAAGUGAUUUCUGAAAGAAAGUUUCUAUGACGGCCAACUCUGGUGGGGUACCGAAGCUAAGAGCAAAGAAGAGCAAGAAGGCGCCAGACGACAGGAAAGGGAACUGACAAAAAUGAAUGCAAAAAAGGAAUGUGAGGGUCCCUGAAUCCUUCCUCCUAUCAUUUCAGUUGAGGUCACCCCGCCCGUAGGCGUCUGUCUUAUCACCAAUAAGUUUGUACCAUCAAUAAAAUAGUAGAAUUCACCUGGCUAAGAACCCUGGCGUGAUAACGCCAAAUUCAUGUGCAUUAUCAGAAUGUAUUAAUUCAGUUUUUAAAAACACACUGUCCCUGGCACACGGAUGGCACCCAAACAUUUGCUUUAUAAAUUAAUGAUGUCUUUUCUGUGUUUUAGGGCCUAUAUUAGGAGAGGAAAUGAUUCAAAACUGCAUCCUAAAAUCUAUAUCCUCUGCUAGCACUUAAGUUGCAACGACCUAGUUCCAAGAAGUCUGGUUUCGCCUUUUAAAACAGGUUUUUGCCCUUCCGUCAGGUCCCUUAGUCAGUAGGUCCAGCAGAGGUCGCAGUUCGAAAGGCCAAUCACUGCUAGGCCAUGGGGCGGAGCCACAGCGCCCCGCCUCUCCUCCCAACCCGGCUCCACAACCUAUCCAGGUCCGGCCUCCCGCGCACCUGCGUGUCUCCCCACGCGGAGGCUGUGCGAUUCUCCAGCCGCGUUAGCGGGAAGGGGUUUGGCCUUGUCUCUCGCGAUAUCGCCUCCUGCUGCUGCCGCUGUUGCUGCUGGGGCUGCCCGAAGGUCCGGGCAGCUGAGUGGUGGCGACUGCGCAGCCGCUACGUUCGGUUGCUAUGCUGUGGCCUGGGAGACGGGGCGUGCUUGAGGGAGGAGACGGAGGAGGAGGGAAAGGAGGAGGAGGGAAAGGAGGAGGAGGAGGAGAAGGUGGAGGAAGGAGGGCGUUGAGCUCCGCCUGCACUCACACACAAACGCUGCUCAGGAUUACCCGCUCGCUCCCGCCGCGCUGUGCGCUUUUCCGCGCCUCGCGGCGCCCCCACAUUGUUCUCGCCGGACUCUUGGGUCCUCAGGGGCUGAAUUCGGGCCUAAGCCGGGAGAGCAGAGACUUGGCCUUGGCUGAAGGGUCGGAGCAUUGGGGCCAGGCUCCCCUCCCCCACGGCACUGUGCGGGGUGUGGAUUAUCUCAUCCCCGCAGAGGUGGGAGCGCACGCCGGCUGCCCGCCUCCCCCCGCCUCUUCGGCGGCGCCGGUCGCGGCAGCCCUGCAGUAUGAGGUGGUGCUGGCGGCUCCGGGCCGUGGCGGGGCCGCUACGGCGGCGGCUGCCGGCGGAGCACUGAGGCAGCCCCCGGGAGCGGCGCGGCGGACUCGCUUUCUUCUCCAGCGGAGAGGACGCGGCUGUAGUGAGAAGAUCUUGUGUGAACAGUAAUGACCUCACAUUUCCGAUUGCCUGCUGGCAGAACCUACAAUGUACGAGCAUCAGAGUUGGCCCGGGACAGACAGCAUACAGAGGUGGUUUGCAACAUCCUUCUUCUGGAUAACAAUGUACAAGCUUUCAAAGUUAAUAAACACGAUCAGGGCCAAGUUCUGCUGGAUAUUGUCUUCAAGCAUCUUGAUUUGACUGAGCGUGACUAUUUUGGUUUACAGUUGGCUGAUGAUUCCACAGAUAACCCAAGGUGGCUGGAUCCAAACAAACCAAUCAGGAAGCAGCUAAAGAGAGGAUCUCCUUACAGUUUGAAUUUUAGAGUCAAAUUUUUUGUAAGUGACCCCAACAAAUUACAAGAGGAAUAUACAAGGUACCAGUAUUUUUUGCAAAUUAAACGAGACAUUCUCAAUGGAAGAUUGCCCUGUCCUUACAAUACUGCUGCUCUUUUGGCUUCAUUUGCUGUUCAGUCUGAACUUGGAGACUAUAAUCGGUCAGAAAACUUACCAGGCUACCUCUCAGAUUAUUCUUUCAUUCCCAAUCAACCUCAAGAUUUUGAAAAAGAAAUUGCAAAAUUGUAUCAGCAACAUACAGGCUUAUCUCCUGCAGAAGCAGAAUUUAAUUACCUGAACACAGCACGUACGUUAGAACUCUAUGGAGUUGAAUUUCACUAUGCAAGGGAUCAAAGUAACAAUGAAAUUAUGAUUGGAGUGAUGUCAGGAGGAAUUCUGAUUUAUAAGAACAGGGUACGAAUGAAUACUUUUCCAUGGUUGAAGAUUGUAAAAAUUUCUUUUAAAUGCAAACAGUUUUUUAUUCAACUUAGGAAAGAAUUGCAUGAAUCUAGAGAAACAUUAUUGGGAUUUAACAUGGUCAAUUACAGAGCAUGCAAAAAUUUGUGGAAAACAUGUGUAGAGCAUCACACCUUCUUCCGUUUAGACAGACCACUUCCACCUCAAAAGAAUUUUUUUGCACAUUAUUUUACAUUAGGUUCAAAAUUCCGGUACUGUGGGAGAACUGAAGUCCAGUCAGUUCAGUAUGGCAAAGAAAAGGCAAAUAAAGACAGGGUAUUUGCAAGGUCCCCAAGUAAGCCCAUGGCACGGAAAUUAAUGGAUUGGGAAGUAGUAAGCAGAAAUUCAAUGUCUGAUGAGAGGUUAGAAACACAAAGCCUUCCAUCACGAUCUCCACCUGGAACUCCUAACCAUCGAAAUUCUGCAUUCACACAAAAGGGAACCCGGUUACGACCAUCUUCAGUUGGUCAUUUGGUAGACCACGUGGUUCGUAGUUCCCCAAGUGAAGUAUUUGUGAAUCACAGAUCUUCAUCUUCAACGCAAGCUAAUAGCAUCGUUUUGGAAUCAUCACCAUCUCAAGAAACCCCUAGAGAUGGGCAGCCUCCAGCUUUACCACCCAAACAGUCAAAGAAAAGUAGUUGGAACCAAAUUCAUUAUUCACAUUCUCAGCAAGAUCUGGAAAACCAUACUAAUGAAACAUUUGAUGUGCCAUCAUCUGAAAAAUCUACUCCUAAUGGUGGUAUUCCACAUGAUAAUCUUGUUCUAAUCAGAAUGAAACCUGAUGAAAAUGGAAGGUUUGGAUUCAAUGUGAAGGGAGGAUGCGAUCAGAAGAUGCCUGUGAUUGUGUCCCGAGUAGCCCCAGGAACACCUGCUGACCUCUGUGUCCCUCGAUUGAAUGAAGGGGACCAAGUUGUACUGAUCAAUGGUCGGGACAUUGCAGAACAUACCCAUGAUCAGGUUGUGUUGUUUAUUAAAGCUAGCUGUGAGAGACAUUCUGGAGAACUCAUACUUCUAGUUCGACCUAAUGCUGUAUACGAUGUAGUAGAAGAAAAGCUAGAAAAUGAGCCAGAGUUCCAGUACAUUCCUGAGAAAGCCCCACUAGAUAACAUCCAUCAGGAUGACCAUUCUCUUCGGGAGUCAAUGAUCCAGCUAGCUGAGGGGCUUAUCACUGGAACAGUCCUGACACAAUUUGAUCAAUUAUAUAGGAAAAAACCUGGAAUGACAAUGUCUUGUGCCAAAUUACCUCAGAACAUUUCCAAAAAUAGAUACAGAGAUAUUUCGCCUUAUGAUGCUACACGGGUCAUUUUAAAGGGUAAUGAAGACUAUAUCAAUGCAAAUUAUAUAAAUAUGGAAAUCCCUUCUUCUAGCAUUAUAAAUCAGUACAUUGCUUGUCAAGGGCCAUUACCACACACUUGUACAGAUUUCUGGCAGAUGACCUGGGAACAAGGCUCCUCCAUGGUUGUAAUGUUGACCACUCAAGUUGAACGUGGCAGAGUUAAAUGUCACCAGUAUUGGCCAGAGUCCACAGGAAGUUCAUCCUAUGGAUGCUACCAAGUCACCUGCCACUCCGAAGAAGGAAACACAGCGUAUAUCUUCAGGAAGAUGACACUAUUUAAUCAAGAGAAAAAUGAGAGUCGUCAGCUCACUCAGAUCCAGUACAUAGCCUGGCCUGACCAUGGAGUCCCUGAUGAUUCAAGUGACUUUCUGGAUUUUGUUUGUCACAUACGAAAUAAGAGAGCUGGCAGGGAAGAACCUAUUGUUGUUCAUUGCAGUGCUGGGAUUGGAAGAACCGGAGUUCUUAUUACUAUGGAAACAGCCAUGUGUCUCAUUGAAUGCAAUCAACCAGUAUAUCCACUAGACAUUGUGAGAACAAUGAGAGAUCAGCGAGCCAUGAUGAUCCAAACACCUAGUCAAUACAGAUUUGUAUGUGAAGCUAUUUUGAAAGUUUAUGAAGAAGGAUUUGUUAAACCUUUAUCAACGUCAUCAAAUAAAUAAGAAAGUAAAAGGUCUGGGAUAUGUGUUGAAAACUGCUUUCCAUUAUCUUCACUAUGCCAUAAUACUGCUUGCAGGAAAUGGCAUAUAAACAAAAAAAUGGAAGAACUAAAAAAACUGAAAACUUAGCACUGUUGCACUUUAUGUUUAAAAAAAUGUCACUCUCUCAAGAUCUAUAAUUCAUGUGUUUGAAGAUUAUUUCAUGUUUUGCUCCGAACAAAUAGUGAAUACUGAGUGUGUGUUCAGGGUAAUUUAUGAAAUUUUGUGGUGGUGCCAUUCAGUCCCCUUCUGGUAGGUGGCCACAAACAAGGCUAAGAAUUCUCAUCAUCUCUGUUAUACACAUGUAUUUUGAAAGUGAAAAAGAAGGAAACAUCAGGAGAAAGCUUGGUGUUUCCAGGGAUUCAUGUACUUACUAUACUGAUUACCAGAUUUUAUUUUUAAAAUUUUAGCAAUAUCAUUCUCAGUAUUAGCCAAUACACUGCCUAUGGAUGCAGCACAUCUUUCCCUACACUCUCCCUGUAGAGACCUGCUGUUCAUAAGGAGAAAGGUGGAAUUUGCUUUUCCCAGGAAAUGCUGCACAUUGUCCAUUUACCAGCAUCUUAUAGAAAGUAUAAAUAUGAAUCUACAGGUUUUCUUGAAUUUAAUAAUGUAACUUAUAUUUAUCAUAAAGUUGGCUUAUUCCAAAUCAUGUGAUUUCACAUACUUGAUGUAAAGGAAUGCAUGUGUUGUGUCUUAACCCCUUAAGUGCCUUGAGACAUCUUUGUAUGUCUAACAAAAAGGCACUCAUUUGACCCCACUAGGAGGUAUGUAUGUAUAUUGUACAUUUACAUUUUUAUGCAUUUUGAAUCAGUUCACAUUUCUAAAAAUAGCUUCUUGUAUUGAGAGUUACACAGUUAAAGAGGGGUAAGGAAAUUCUCUUUCUUACUCAGUUCCUGUAUUUUGUCACAAGAAGUGUCACAAGAUAAGUGUUCUACUGAGUGAAUGCUUUGCUGCUAUGGAAUUGUUCAAAAUCUGCACAUUCCUUUCCUGAGGGACAAUGGUUCGUUUUAGCAGCUCAAGUUAAAAGAUGCUUAUGCUUUAUUCUUUACACUUCUUAUUUUAUCCUAACUUUAGAAAUAGCAUUAACAUGUUGAAGUUAAAUAUACGGAUACGCUAAGCUAAAGUUGGAAAAAAUUAAUUAUCAUUCAUAUCUAUCACUAAAUUAUUAUUCUUCAACAUUCAGUUCAUUUUCAAGCUUUGUUCACACUGGUCUGUUGAUUGGGAUACUUCAAAGGAAGAAUGAAACAUCACUGACUUAUUUCUAGGUUUAAUCGCUCAGUAACUGAAAUGAGGGUUUUCUUGUCAUUUUGUGUACAAAUACUCCAGCUCACAUAUAUAUACUUAUUAAGUUAUAAGCAUGUUAAUAAGGAGAGUUUUGAUUGUCUAGCCAGAUGGAGGAUCUGAUUCCCUUAGGAUAUGUAUAUUUUCCUCUCCAUGUUUUCUUUAUUUUUCAGUCUACAGAGAGAUUGAACUUUAAAAUUGCCCAGUUUUAAUGUAAGUGCAAAUUUGCUCACCUAUUGAAAUGUUAUAUUACACAAUUAUUUUAUAUGGAUUAUGGUUAAAAUAAAUUCAUUUACUAGUGGUUUUUGAAUAUUUCUGUAUAGAUAAAAUUUAGAGCUAAAUGGUAGAUAUUUUGGAGUACCAUUUCUUAGGGGAACAAAUAGUACAUUUUAAAAUCUUUAGUGUACUCUAAGUGACCAUAGUUCAGAUAUGGAAAAUCCAUAAUAAUAAAAUUUAGAAAAUUAAGUACUAAACAUUAAUAGCCAAUAUACCAAAUAAAUUAUUGUAUUACAAUAUUUUUUACAAUUUUUAGAGAGAAAAGUAAAUAUAACCUUUAUGUCAAAGAGAAAUUCUCAUCUAUAUCUAGAUUUCACAGUCAAGACAGUAUAAGAUAGUAAAUAACUGUAAUCUUAUUUGAACAUUCCAUUCUUUACCAACAGAUAAAUGUAAUUUAAGCUGCUGUAUAUGACAUGAUAAGUUGAAAAACAAAAAAAUAAAAUUAUGUUGGGAGUCUAAGUAAUAAUUUUUGGCAAUUUUUCUCCAAAAUUAAGAAGAAAAUCUGUUCUAAUAGUAUGGACAGAAAAUGGCAACCAUAGAUUUAAAAAAAAAGACAGUUGUAUAGAUAUAGACAGAUAAAUGUCAUGGUUGGCAUGUUCUUUGAUUUAAGGCUUUGUUUACACUUCUGAGGAAAACUCUAAAGCUAAUUGGCAAUGAGCACUGCUGCCUUUUUUAAGUCGUUAAUAUCAGUCUUUAAGUGAUUAUAUUAGAAGUUUAGAAUUGCAUUUAAAUUUCUCAUGUAUGAAUGUUUUAUCUAGAAGCUACCUACUGUUAGUAUUUUUAUGCACAGAAAAGAUCCUUUUUAAAAGGCAUAUGUAUUAAGAUCUUUAUUAAACUAUCCUUCAUAAUUUUAAAAAUGAAUAUGCCAAUUAUGCUUCCCUGUUUACUCAACAGGUAAGACUAUCCACUAUACCCAAGAAUUUUUCACUUUUUUACCAAUCUAAAUAGGUACUAGGAAUGAUCCUAGCUUUAUUAUGCCAAGUAGUUCUAGAUUCCAUUCAUCUCACUAUAAUACUCUGUGAUAAAAAUGCCAAAUUUGUUAUAUCUAAUCUACUACCCCCGUUUUUCAGCCCACCCCACCCCCAACCCAAACACAUACACUGUCAAGAAAUCAGUGUUGAUUGUUCCUCUCACAGCUGGAAUUUUGAUAUUGGUGAGUCAAGGGUCUUUUGUAAAUACUAAGAAAUGUUUGUGAAAACCUUUCUUCUCUGAUUUGGGAUGGUUUCACCAUGUUCAUUUCAAAUGUUUUAUUGAGCAUCUGAUUUGUGUCAGCACUGUGUACAUAAGGAUGAGGAAUAUUUUGGAAUAGACUACAUUCACAAGAAAAAUUGGUAGUAUUUGUUAAACCAAUGUAUCCAUUUAAAACAGAGGCAAAUUAUAGAGUAAAUAGCCUAAGAAAUAAUUUAAAAAUCCAUUUAAAAUAGAGACAUAUUAUGGAGUAAAUAGCCUAAGAAAUAAUUUUCUUUGUAUGGCCUGCUAACACAAGUAGGAGUAGGGAAAAGGGUUUUUGAGUAAGAGUAAGGAGAAGAUUUAUAUAUAUUAAAACUGACUUAAAAUAUAUAAAGGUAUGUACAUAAGCCAUUAAGACAGUUGCUUAAAGUUUUCAGUUGCUAGUAUAUAAACAGAUACUUUUCCAUGUUUAUAUAUUUGUGUAUUUCACAGAGGCUAAUGCUAACAAACAGGGGUAAAGAAUUAUUUUAAUUAUAGAGCUGUUCAUAAUCUUUUGGUAGAUCUGAUCAGGUCUAAUCAGGUAUCUGAGUAAAAGUCUUGUCCGUAUGAGAAGUACUAUAACUUGAGAGGUGAAGGAACCUGAAAGAUUUCAUCUAAUCUCACCUUCUAUUAUUUCAGGUCACAUAAGUGAAAUCAUAAAUUCUUGUGAAUUUUAGUCUAUUUCAACUCAAGAAUUAUACUCAAGCAGUGUUUUAAUUUAUCACUAAGAUGACCUUAGAAGAUGUUACUUAAUUUAGAAAAUAAGAAGGAUUUAAAAAGUUCUCCUAGUUAGGACCCUGACUCAGUUUGCUUGCUAUGCUUCCGUGAUAGAACAUAAGCUUUUAUAAAGUAUUUAGGUUGAUAUACAUAUAGUAUGAAAACAUUCUGAAAUGCAAAUUAGACUUAAUUUUUAAAAGCACUUAAAAAAUAGAACUAAGAUUUAGAAGAUAUGUCCACUUUUAAUCAAAUGAUUUAUGUUCAUAAUGUGUACAUGUAGAAUUAAAGCAUUACUUGUUCUAUAUUCUUAUCAGGAAGGGAGAAAGAAACAAUGUUUAACAAUGUUCUAUUUAAUGUCUGUGUUUUCAAUAUUUAAUAUACUCUGAUGGUAAGUUGCCAAAGUAGUGUGAAUUCAUAAAAAUUAUUUAUACCACAAUAGUGUGGGAUAUGUUUACAUCUCUUUUAGUUUGUAGUAAUUAUUUUGUAGUUCAGGUGAAUGUGCAUUUAAGUUAUAUAUACUAAAUACAUUAUGAUAAAUAGUUGUUGGAAUAAACAUCUCUUAAUAAUAUGAUAAGGUAAACUAUGCCACAGCUUACUUUUAUGUAAGCUGCCACAUCAACAGAGUAGCUACUUUACACUGUCAUUGCUUACUUCCUACAUUUGUGUUAGCUGUCCAACCACAAUCUCUGCAACCAUUUUCUGGGGUGUGGGGUGUGGUGUUUACUCCAAGUAAAAUAUCUGUGUUAUAAAACCCACUAGAUCAGUUUUAUUAAAUAUCAGAAUUAUUAAUUGGUAAAGAUUAAUUCAUAUCUCAGUAUGAUCACAAAUUAGAAUAACUGUUUCAUGAAUUUCUUAGAGAAUUGUAUAGAUACAAAAUAAUUUACAUAAUAAUAGAACAGUUUUGAAGGCUGGCUGCUAAUAGAUAAUUUCAGCAAUUUUAUCAAGAGUGCAUGAAAUUCAUCCCUAAAUUGUAUUUUUUUGGCUCAACUUUAUAAUAUCUGCAACUAUUAUAUACAGACUUCAUUUAUUCUUAAUAGCAGUUACUACAACAAGCCUUUCAGUGUUAUCGAAAACAAGCCCUCUUUCAGUCAGAAAUCAGAUAUUUUAUAAUCUUGGUAAAGUUGUUGGUAAACACCAAAUAGUUAUUUCUGUUUCCAUAUCUAAAUUUGCUGCUAUUUAGUUGUAUGAUUUUCAUUGCAGUUUACAGUUUUUCUAAAGUGUUGUAGUCAUUGUUAUUUUCAUUUCAGUAAUCCAAGCAAAAUGGGCACCCAGAAGUAUCUACUGGGGUGCAAUCCAUCAAAGUUGACUAGAUACAAUUCAGUGCAUAAAUAAGUAAGCCAGUUUUUUUUUUAAUUUGCAAAGUAUUAGCGAUAUUGCAACUUUAAAAGUACAAUUUUAGGAGGAAGUUCUAAUGUUUAACUUCCUGAAACCAUUUAAAAUGUCUAAUACAAGAAUGAAAAUGUUUGUCCUCAUAAAAGUUUCAAUUAAACACUAGAAUUUUCCUACCUAUUGUGUAAAGAAUACAGAAAAUAUUUUUCUAUGGGCAAAAGUAUGAAACUGUUAACUUCUCUUCAUUGUUUCAAAAGGAAAAAAUGAUACUUGUAUGUCUUUAGUGCUGUAAAGAAAGUGAGCGUAUCUUUCAAAUGUUAGAAGUAUGACUUGAUUCUAUAGCUACUCUUUAAAAAAGUGAGGGAUUGAGAAGAAGAAUGUGUUCCACUUCAUUAUAUAAAAGGCAAUUUUAGAAAAAAAGUAACUUUCAUUAUAAACAAGAGCAAUCAUUGAAAUAUAUUUCACUUAUAAUGUAUAUUCUUUUUCAUUUUGCUCCAUUUCAGCUCUAGAAUAGAAAAUUUCAAGGAAAUUUGUGCAGUGUUUUUAGUGUGAAGUAACUGAAUUCCUGACUUGUCUGGAGUGUGGAAGGGUGUUUUUGUGUGAGCGUAAACAUUUCUGCUGCAUUUGUUUACCAUGAAGGAAAGAUCCCAGGCUUUGUGACUGUGGUCACCGCAAAUGAAGACAUCAUUGUGAAUGUGUGACUUUGGUGAAGCCAGAAAAGUGUGCCUAAAAUUCACCAUAGUAAAUAUGUGUAGAAGCCCCUGACAAAUAGUUCUACCUUUUUAUGCUCAGUAAUUUGGACAGAUACGAUCACUAAGCCCAACCCCGCCUUAUAGCAGUGGUAUCUUAAUGUAGCUUUGUAACCAGCUUAAUGGUUUAUUAACUCAGCUAAAAAGCAACAACAAAAAAAACCCUACAUUUUAACCUAGCUUUAGGCAUGAUUAAUUUAUUCAAUAGUUUUUGCAAAAGGUAAUAUUUAUUACUUAUCAACCAUUAAACUUGACUCAAUAGGGCCUUCAUUAUUUCAACUACAGCUUCCAUUCCUCCAACUUUUAGAAAAAUCAGCUUGCCCUCUAUGGUAGAAUCUUUGCAAAGUAAAUAUCCUCAACAACUAUAAAUGAUACCUUCCUUCAUUAACAUUUGUUAACAGUUGUUAUAAGAUUAGUAUCAAGUCCCCUUAACACUGAGAGUUUCCAAAAUUUAGCAAAUAUGAUAACAUUUACUAAAUGCUAAAUGAAAUUACCACCUUAAAAUGUUGAAGAAGGCUCGGCCCUGCUUACAGUUUAGACCCAAAUAAGGUGAGGAUUUGUCAUUUCCCCAAAUCCUCUGUAGUCAAAAUUGAGUCCAUUUUACCUGUUACUUAAAAGAAACCUUUUAGUUUUUACUCCUGAAUUGUAGUGUUCCCAUUAUUUGUUUUCAUAGGCAAGAAAAUUUUAACCCAGUUUCAGUGCCAGUUCUGGGAUUCUGUUUCUCAUCUUUUCCCACCCUUCAGUGAGUUGACAAGAUUACUCAUUCAUUCUUGUAUUCUGUAGAGUAGGUCAGAUUUCAUGCUGAAAUUGAUUUCUUGAAUUUCAAAUAGUAGCACUUUAUUUAAUGCCUACUACUGACUUAAUUUAUACAUUUAAAAAUAAAAUUACCCUAGGAGUUUUGUAAAUAUGGGAAAUUCUUAAUCGAUUAGUAUGUAGAACCCAUUGGAUUGGACCCAGUUUUAAAUGCUUCAUAAUGAUCUCUUGAUCAUUUAAUAUUAAAAGGUAAUGUGAUUUUAGCUUUACCACUUUUCUGUAAUUUAUGUAGUGAAAUAAAUUGACUAUCUUGCUGGACUCUUGAGUUCUCUCAGCUACCUUCAGCCAAGUUUGGUUUACUAUAAUCAUUUCUGCUUUGCAUUUUUGUACAUUACAUGAAUACUUGGAAAUCUGUUUAGUUUUGAGUUGUACCUAGGGGUUGUCAGUAGUGCACCACAAGUAAGUUGAUGUGGUAAAGUCCUGACAUGUGACAUACAUGUCAAGGGGCAGGAUUUAAUAGACUAAAACAGUUUGCAUUAAGCUGUGUUCAUUUUCUGUCAUUAGAUCAUGUGUGCUGAGAAGAAUAAAAACUGUCCAACCCAGUGUUCCUAUAGUUAUCAGAACAUUGCAAUUAUGCCACAUUGUGAUCUUUUCAAAUAAGAAAAGCUAGUCCUUAUUUUCUACAGUGUAGGCUUAAUUUUAGUACAGAUAGUUUACUAUAUACUCAUCAGUAAUAUUUUUAGUGGUUUUAAAAAUAAUUCUAUGUAGAGGGUGUUUUAAUUUGGUAUUUUUUGUUCUUGUAACAGGUGCUAUAUGUAAAUAUGAAGGGCGAAAAGUCACUUAGUUUAAAGUCUAGUUUAUUUCCUAAUUCAAAUACAAUUUUACAUUUCUGCUGCCAUUUCACGUUUGAUUGUGCUGAACUAGUACCCAAGUGGAAUUAGCCCCUUAAUUUUUUAGACUAACUCUCUUCCCCCAUUUCACAAAAGUAUCUCUUUGUAUAUGGUUUGUUCCCGUAAUUAAGAGGCAAACUUAGGGUUCAUUUAAAAUGUGUAAGCAUGAAUUUGGUCAACACUAGAUAAUUUAAAGGCAUCACUAUGCAUUUGUCACUGUGGCUUACUCCUAUGUUUGAAAGGCCUUGUAUUUUUGUCUUAAUUUCAAUGAAAAAUUGGAAUUCCUGCAAUUAAUGUUAGAAAACUAUGAAUACUAAUGGAAAACAGGAUAAAAAUGCUGGUUUGUGUUAAAACUGUUUUAGUCCUAAGGGCAAUUUAUUUUAUGUGAAAUGCUAUUACACAUAUUUUGUUGGCAGUAUUCCAUUUUGAUUACGAAGUAGUUGUUCAGGUACAAACGUGAAAAAAACUCUAGCUGUGACCUUUUAUUGUUCAAUUGCAAAAUAAAGAUGUGCUUUAGUAAUUUAAA